GAGUAAUGUUUCUUGCCGUUUUCCAAGGAUAAUCAAUCGACCCCGUGAACCCGGGGUUCCCGCCAUCCCUUUCUAAAACCCUAAAAUCUCAUCCUCCCUUUCAUUUCUUCCAAACCCCCGCCUUCUUCCUCUCUUAAACCCCCUCUUUCUCUCUCCUCUCAAUCCCUAUUUUUCUCUUCAAUCUCCAAUCAAUCAACAAUCAAUUAUGGAUGCUCAGAAAGUGAAAUCCGACUUAGUUUUAAUCUUGGAUUUCGGUUCCCAAUACACCCACCUCAUCACCCGAAGAAUCCGGUCACUUUCCGUUUUUUCUCUCUGCAUCUCCGGCACCUCCCCUCUCAAAUCCAUCACCGACUUAAACCCACGUGUAAUCAUCCUGUCCGGUGGCCCCCACAGUGUUCACGCGCCUGACGCGCCGGUAUUCUGUGACGGGUUCGUCGAUUAUGUCGAAACCAAUGGCGUUCAUGUUCUGGGUAUCUGUUAUGGAUUACAGUUGAUUGUGCAGAAACUUGGGGGUUUGGUUAAGGUUGGUGAUAGACAAGAGUAUGGAAAGAUGAAUAUUGAGGUGAUUUCUGAGAAUAGUGCCUUUUUUGGGAGUAGGAUUAAGGGGGAUAAGCAGGAUGUUUGGAUGAGUCACGGUGACGAGGUUUCGAAACUUCCUGAUGGGUUUAAGGUUGUUGCAGUCAGUCAGCAAGGUGCUGUUGCUGCUAUUGAGAAUCCCUCUAGAAAGUUUUAUGGUCUUCAAUAUCAUCCUGAGGUUACACAUUCGACUCAAGGGAUGAAAACAUUGCGGUAUUUUCUUUUUGAUGUUUGUGGGAUAAGUGCCGACUGGAAUAUGGAGGAUGUAUUGAAUGAAGAAAUUAAAGUUAUCAAGGAAACUGUAGGUGCUGAUGAUCAUGUCAUUUGUGCUUUAUCUGGUGGUGUGGAUUCUACUGUCGCUGCCACUCUUGUUCAUAAGGCGAUAGGGGACAGACUUCAUUGUAUUUUUGUAGACAACGGCUUGUUAAGGUAUAAGGAGAGAGAACGAGUGAUGGAUACCUUUGAGGAACACCUUCAUCUCCCUGUCACUUGUGUUGAUGCAUCGGAGCAGUUUCUUAGCAAAUUGAAGGGCGUUGCAGACCCUGAGACCAAAAGAAAGAUAAUUGGAAAAGAAUUCAUCUGUAUCUUUGAUGAAUUUUCCCAGGAGCUAGAGAAAAAAUUGGGGGAUAAACCUGUUUACUUAGUACAAGGAACUUUAUAUCCAGAUGUCAUUGAAUCCUGCCCGCCUCCAGGAAGUGGAAGAAAUCACUCCCAUACCAUCAAGAGUCAUCAUAAUGUUGGUGGACUUCCAAAGGACAUGAAACUGAAGCUCAUUGAACCUCUAAAACUUUUAUUCAAGGACGAGGUACGUGCAUUGGGGAAGAUCUUGAAUAUCCCCGAGGGCUUUUUGAAGCGUCAUCCAUUUCCAGGACCUGGACUCGCUGUGCGUGUACUUGGUGAUGUCACAGAAGGAAAUCAUUUGGAAAUUCUUAGACAGGUUGACGAGAUAUUUAUUCAAUCAAUCAAAGAUGCUGGACUUUAUGAUGAAAUUUGGCAAGCUUUCACUGUUUUCUUGGGCAUUCUAUCAGUAGGAGUUCAAGGUGAUCAAAGAACGCAUUCUCAUGUUGUAAGCCUGCGAGCUGUUACAAGUCAAGAUGGGAUGACAGCAGAUUGGUAUCGUUUUGAUUCAGAAUUUCUCGAUCAGGUGUCCCGUAAAAUUACCAAUAAUGUUCGAGGAGUGAACCGAGUUACUCUAGACAUAACAUCGAAGCCUCCUUCAACUAUAGAGUGGGAAUGAUAUGAUAAUCUUAGCGAAAUAUUUGCUCUUCAAGCAAACUCUUUUCAUUUAUCCUAUUGUUAAUCAGCCCUUUAUGAACAACUAAGGUGACUAAACUGAGAAUUUAUCUCAUAUAAUUGAAAUUUAUUUCAUUGUAUGUGCUUUAUGCCUAA